GCGUGCCACUAGGUGAUCAACAAAUGAUAAUUUGGUUGGAUUGACUUAUCACUCACAAUUCGAUAAUAUAAUUUUUUUUUGCAAACCGAACAUUAUGGAGUAAAUUUCGCAUUAUUAUUAGAAGUCAAACACCGACAAGUUGAAGCCGAAGGACGCCUAUUUGUACUUUUCUACUGGUUGAUCAGAGAUCAUAAUUUUUAAUAAGUUUUUAUCAAACAUAGUUAACAAUAAUUGCAAUUAUGUUAAUGUUUGUUAAGUGGACAUGAGGAUUCUAACUAUUCUUAGUCCCUUUAUCACUAGUACAUAGACUCAAAUGUUGUAAUUACUCAAGAAAAAUCGCUAAAACAAAACUUCCUCCUAAUUACCAAUCUUUAAAUUGUUUUAGGACAAAAAACUUGCAGAGUUAACUCAAACAUUAAUUGCGUAAAAGUAUAAGUCCACUAUAAUAAUCAACUCAAUUCUCUUAAUCUCUCAAUCUCCAUACUCAGAAGCGUCAAAUUAAACCAAGUCUCGAUUAUCCAGUUCGUGUUUCCCCAAAAAAAAGGAAAGAGAGUCAAAGUCAACCUUCUAAAAGGACAAACUCUGAACGAAAGAGAAGGUUCGAAAUACUCUUCGACGUCUCUCCCCCCAAUGAGAAAUAAACACGCGUCAAGAGCGCCCUUUCGUCUUCCACCUUCCUUGUCGUGAGGGAAGCAAAAAACAGAAAGAUCGUGUUCUCUCUCUUUGAAGUUUCCGCCAUGGUUCUCCGAUCAGAAAACCUCUGGACGUUCCUGAUAACCCUAGCGAUUAUCUCCCGCGUAUCUCAAUCUCUCCACUUCGAAUUGCGAUCAGGCCGAACAAAAUGCAUAUCGGAAGACAUCAAAAGCAAUUCAAUGACCGUCGGCAAAUACACCGUCGUCAACCCCAACGAAGCUCACCCUUCUCCUCCCUCUCACAAGAUCUCCAUAAGGGUGACAUCGAGUUACGGGAACACGUUUCAUCACGCGGAAGACGUGGACUCGGGACAAUUCGCGUUCACCGCGGUGGAAGCUGGAGACUACAUGGCUUGUUUCACUGCCAACGGUCAUAAGCCUGAGGUGACGUUGAGUAUCGAUUUUGAUUGGAGGACGGGUAUUCAUUCCAAGAGCUGGGGUAGUGUCGCCAAGAAGAGCCAAGUCGAAGUCAUGGAGUUUGAGGUUAAGCAACUGAUUGAAACCGUCAACUCGAUUCAUGAUGAGAUGUUUUAUCUCAGAGACAGGGAGGAAGAGAUGCAGAAUCUGAACAGGGGUACAAACUCCAAAAUGGCUUGGUUGAGUUUACUCUCUCUUUUCGUAUGCUUAGGAGUCGCUGGAAUGCAGUUUAUGCACUUGAAGUCGUUUCUGGAGAAGAAGAAAGUCAUCUAAGAUGGUUAGUUAGAUGGAACAAUCCCACUUUUGCUUUUUCAUAACUCGAGGUUAUUCCUUGGGUUUUUGUACAUUUAGAUAUUUGUAGCUUGAGCAUGUCCCCUUGGAACUGGAAGUUAAAUGAAUGUGAAAGUGUUUGCCAUUUUACA